CAUGUCUUCAUCCAACAACAACACAAUUAAACAAUACCUCUGCCCAGCAACAAAAUAUUCCAAAUUUCACUUCUUUUGGGGUACUAAAGGAGGUUACUAUUCACAAUGGGUUAAAGCACCAAUGAAAAUUGAUGGUAAAACAUUUGUAACUUGUGAACAAUACAUGAUGUAUCAGAAGGCACAAUUAUUCAAUGAUCAUGAAAUGGCAGAAAAGAUUUUAAAAACCUCCGAUCCAAAGCAAUGUAAAGAAUUUGGUAGAAAAGUCAAGAAUUUUGAUACCAAUCAAUGGGAAGCCAAUAGAGAUCGAAUUGUUUAUGAGGGAAAUUAUGCAAAAUUCACACAAAAUGAAGAAAUGAGAAGAGAUUUACUUUCCAGAUUGGAUGUUGAAUAUGUUGAAGCUUCUCCAUAUGAUAAAAUUUGGGGAAUUGGAUUGGAAGAGAAGGAUCAGAGAGCUCAUGAUAGAUCUCAAUGGAAAGGUUUGAAUUUAUUAGGUAGAAUUAUUACACAGAUUAGAGAUGAUUUAAUUAAUGAAUCAGCAAAGUAGUAAUUUUAUAUUUUCUUUAAAUCUUCAAAAUAAAUUUGAUCAAUAUCG